AUGGAUAUCAUUGCGGCGCAGCUCGGUGCGGGCUACAAUGCGAUGCUCGGUCGGGCCCUACACAAUGCCGCUGUGCCCGUGGCCAAUGCCACCGCCUCGUACUGGAUGGACGACCCGCCGUUCCCCUCGGUGAACCUGAACGCGCACCCUCUGCCGGAUAUUGCCGACUACGUCAUCAUCGGCACGGGUCUCGCGGGCCUCGCGGCAACGCGGACGGUGCUCGAGAUCAGCCAAGACCAGCGCACCGAGAUGCCGCUGCGCGUGGUGGCGCUCGAAGCCCGCGACGUGUGCGCCGGCGCGACGGGGCGCAACGGCGGGCACAUCAAGUCAGCGCCGUACAGGGACUUCGCGGAGCUCAAGAAGCGGUUGGGGUCGGUGGCCAAGGCAAAGGACGUGCUCCGUUUUAUGCGUCGCCACGUGGAGAUCCUGAAGGAGGUUGGGCGCGAGGUUCCCGCGGGCGAGGUGCGGGAUGUUGAGACGGUGGACAUGUUUCUGGUACAGGAGGACUUCGAGCAGGCCAAGAUGCUAGUGGAUGACUUGAAGAAGAAUGUGCCCGAGACGAAUAUCAACGUGUGGUCGAGCGAAGAAGCACGCAAAAGGUUUGGCUGUAACGACUUGAUUACUGGCGCGCUCUCAUAUCCGGCUGGCGCAGCUUUUCCAUUCCGUCUGGUCACGGGCGCAUGGAAAGCGCUCGUUGACAAGUACCCGGAGCUCGUCCUACUCAGCAACACGCCGGUCGAGAACAUCUCAAUCGCCGCUUACUCGCCUCAGCAUCCGUACGCCAUUAAGACAUCCAAAGGCACCAUCCGUGCCCGCCACGUCCUCCAUGCCACAAACGCGUACGCCCCGAGCCUGAUUCCCCGUUUACGGAGCUGCCUCACAGGCUCCCGCGGCUGCAUGUCUGCGCAAGACGGCGGCGCUACUUUCCCUACUACGCAUGGCAACCGUUCCUGGGGGACUGUCUACCAGCCCGGCUAUGAUUACAUGACGCAGAGGCCAGACAACAGCGACGGUUCGCCCGGUGAUGUCAUGGUCGGUGGGGGUUUCCUCCGUAGCAGAUUAAACGGUUGCGACUCUCUCGGUGUGUGGGAUGACAGCCAGCGCGAUGCCCUGCCGCUGGUGCAUGUCCGUGGCAUCAUGCCCACCGUCUUUCAGCCCAACUGGGGCGGCGGCGGCAGCCCGACAGCGGGUGGCUUGAAGAGGGACUGGACGGGCAUCAUGGGCUUCACCGGCGAUAACCUCCCCUUUGUUGGCCCGGUUCCGCAGAACAUUACGGAACGACAGAAUACGUACCCGGGCGCGGGCGUUGCUGGCGUGGAGGGCUCGGGCGAGUGGAUCGCGGCGGGCUUCAACGGGCACGGCAUGGUGUGGGCUUGGCUGAGCGGCGCGGCGGCGGCCAUUAUGAUGGCGGGACAUGACAAGCUGAAUAUGUCCAAGGUGCCGGGGCGGCCAGCAGGGACACUUGAUUCGUGGUUCCCGCGGGAUGUGGUGGUGCUGGACGAGGAGAGGCUCAAGAGGGCUGACCUCAAGAACCUGGGACAGCAACUCUAUCCACUCGUAGAAACGGAAUCAUGA